GCAUAAAUAACAUGUGCCGCCCGCGAGCCUGAUGCCUUGUCGCGUGCGCGCGCCCGCGCGCGAAAGAAAGGGAGAUAAAGAUAAAUAUGGCGAGCAGAUCGAGAAAGCGUUCGGUGGAUGAGAGUGACACGGUGGUUCAUAUAGUAGUGAAACGGUUCAAGUACUGUGGCAUUAUGUUUUGUUGGGGUAGCACUAUUCAUGGAGAGUUGGGUUUGGGUGGUAUCGAGGAUGAGAAUAUCUUCAUGCCGCGGGAAGUGGAUUUUACAGAAGCGAAAAAUGUUGUCCAAAUUGCGUGUGGAGAAAAUUAUUCCGUAGCUAUUACAAAAGAUGGUCAAGUGUAUUCCUGCGGCAAUAACGACUACGGACAGCUUGGUCAUGAGAAGGCGAGGAAAAGGUUACAACUGAUACCUGGCCUGGAUGCAUUUGUGUUCAGAAAAAUAGCGUGCGGUAAUUGUCAUACGCUGGCUGUGAAUGAAUGGGGACAACUUUUCAGUUGGGGUUGUAAUGUAAAUGGUCAACUAGGAUUAAAUAUUGUCGAAUCUACAGAGCGUGUUCCACGUAUGGUAAAAGUAUUGGGUGCAAAUGUGAUAGUGCAAAUUGCGUGUGGCGUUGAGCAUUCGAUCGCUCUGACCAAUGACGGAGAGUUAUAUGCGUGGGGUAGUAAUAGAGACGGACAAUUAGGAUUAGGGUCCUACACGUCUAACGAGAUAAAACCAAAGAGGAUUACCACAUUAGCUGCUGUACCGAUUGCAUUUGUCGCAUGCGGCGGUUAUCACACUGUAGUUAUAUCAAAAUCAGGAGCUGUAUUCUCGUGGGGGAGAAAUACCUUUGGACAAUUAGGACUAAAUGAUACACAGCAGAGGUGUUUACCAUGUCAACUACGUACUCUCAGAAACUCAAAAGUAUGUUAUGCGACCUGUGGUGAGGAUUUCUCGGUGUUCUUGACAAUGGACGGUGGAGUGUUUACGUGCGGUGCUGGAAUGUACGGUCAAUUAGGUCAUGGGAAUAACUCGAAUGAGAUUUUGCCGCGACAAGUUAUGGAGCUGAUGGGUAGUACUGUUACGCAAGUAUCUUGUGGUAAAAGGCAUACGCUCGCUUUAGUGCCAUCUAGAGGAAGAGUUUAUGCAUGGGGCUUGGGUGGUGCUGGACAGUUAGGUAACCGUUCUCCGCAGAGUGCUACGACGCCACAAGUCGUCCUAGGACCAUGGUCUUCGCCGAGCGGAUCGUCGAUGGUGCUCGACCUGCACUAUAGCCCUCAAAUCGACUGUGUUGUUAAGCAUAUCUUCAGUGGAGGCGAUCAUUGCUUUGCUACGAUCAGUCAAAAAAAAGAUAAUAUAGAACCAGAUGACUGUAGAAUAUUAGGGUCGACUUCCCAAAUUCUUACAGUGACUGAGGAAAAGCUAGGCGACUGUCAAAGGAUCCCACCAGGUUCACCGAUUAAUCACGAAUUAAUGACGUAUUUAGAAACUGUAUUCAAAAGUCAAGCGUGUAUAAAUGCGUCCUUUUUACUCAGCAACGACGCGCAUUAUGGAUGUUCGAGCAAAAAUCAUGGGAUCGAUAUCGACUACGCGAUCAGAUUAUUCGGAAUUAUCUCAGAACUGGACAAUAACACAAUUCAAGAACUGAUUUUCACAUGUGUAACUGAUAGUCUGAUACCGUCGUUUGUCGACUCUCCGCCCGAUGUCGAGUCUUUAAGAGUGUACUUAACACUACCGCUAUAUCAUCGCUUCGCCAAUCUGUCCAACUACAGCUCUUUACAAACGCCCUUCUGCAAGGCGGUGUUGAAGCUGAAGGCCGAGGCUUGCAAGGUCGUUGGCAUAUGGUGGAGUGCGGCUCCGCCGUAUUACUUUGAGAGACUCGUGAGAAUGUACAAGUCCGUAGUACUCCAUUUUGUGAAACAGUCAACGGCUGACAAGAUUAUUAUGUGGACUGAGAGCCUACAAUGUGCUCUGCAAUUGUUAGCAUUAUUGUAUAAACUAAAUGUCACAGCUGGUAUACGAGUACCCUAUGAGACCUUCCACUUGUCAGAAUUAUCGGAAUAUGUAGACAUUAACCGCGACUACCUCAAGUGGCUGACAGAAGAUGAUCGGACUUAUUACCGUAAAAUAUAUUUUUGCAAUUAUCCUUUCCUAUUUGACGCCGAGGCGAAAACCACGUUGCUUGAAACCGAUCAAGCUAUACAGAUGCAAUCCGCGAUGAAUGAAGCAGCGUCGCGGGUUGUAAGGGAUCUGAUGCUUGGUACAGCUAUCCUGAACUUCGAGCAGUACAGUCAAUUUGUAGUACUGCACGUUUCACGGAACAACAUAGUCAACGAUACCCUGCAACAGUUGUUUAAGUAUGAUUCUAGCGAGUUAAAGAGACCACUUAGAGUUAAAUUCCGUGAUGAGGAGGCUGAAGACGUGGGUGGUGUGAGAAAAGAGUUUUUCAUGCUUCUCUUUGCAGAGAUUCUUGAUUUUAAGUAUGGUAUGUUUAAAGAAUAUGAAGAGACGAGGACGAUCUGGUUUAGCUCAGACUCGUUAGAGGAGGAAGAUAUGUAUUUCCUAAUCGGCGUUCUCUGCGGCUUGGCCAUUUACAAUUUCGUAAUUAUUAAUUUACCAUUUCCGCUGGUCUUGUACAAGAAACUUUUAGGAGAAUCAGUCGGGCUAAGUGAUGUUAAGGAUAUGUCACCGACAAUAGCUAGAAGUUUAGAAGAUCUUCUCGAAUACAACGAAUCUGACCUGGAGGAAGCAUUUUGCUUGAAUUUCAUGGUGACCAGGGAAGUGUUUGGCGAGAUGAAGAACUUCGAAUUGAUACCGGGUGGUGAAAACGUUCCUGUAACAUUAAAAAAUAAACAACAAUACGUGGACCUUUACGUGGACUAUAUAUUGAACAAAUCGGUGGAAACGCAAUUCAAAGCGUUUCACAAAGGUUUUCAUAAUGUAUGCGGCGGAAGGGUGCUGGAGUUGUUUCAUAGUCACGAAUUGAUGUUGCUUUUGAUCGGCAAUGAAAAUUACGAUUGGGAAGAAUUGGAGAAGAAUGCGACUUACAAGGAUGGCUAUACCAAAAGUGAUCCCACUAUCGUGCUCUUCUGGCAGGUCUUUCACGAACUGUCAUUAGAAGACAAGAAGAAAUUUCUACUUUUUUUAACGGGUAGUGACAGAAUACCUAUACAUGGUAUGAAAGCUAUAAAGAUAACGAUACAGCCAAUGACUGACGAACGUUUCCUACCGGCUGCGCAUACGUGUUUCAAUCUACUCGAUCUACCGCGUUAUCAAACUCGCGAAAGAUUGAAAUACAAAUUAUUGCAAGCUAUUCAACAAAAUCAAGGAUUCUCUCUUGUGUGAGACCACGACACGCCUUUUUUAUGACUCUCAUGAAUGUACGACAGCUUUAUUUGAUACAAAUCUAUCAUCAAUUUAACGAAGACACAGAGAAUGUUCACAAAAAAUAGCAAGUUCCUUACAAGCUACAUUAACAUUAAUACAAUUCGUUCGCGCAUAAAUCUCGUUUCGACUUUUCAAAAUCAUUGAAAGAAAAAUGAGUUUAUAUUAUUAUAUUGUUUAUAUAUUUAAUAACAAACGUACUAUAAAAAAGCGACUAAUAUAAACAUAUGCCUAAACAAGCUCAAUAAUUAAUUACAUACUGUAUAAAUCAACAAUGAAUUGAAAAAAUGUACAAAUUGAAUAUUCUUUUAUUGUGAUAACACUGUUUAACAAACAAUUACUUUUUUUAAAUACAAGGACGAAAAUAAUCAUUUUCUAUAGUUUUCUGAACGCUAAAUACGACCCCGUUUGCCACUUGCUCUAUCACAUAAUUUUGAGAAAUUUGCAUUUAAAAUUGCAAAAAGGACUAUUUUAAUAUAUUUUAGCAUAUUAUAACUACGACAUGUGACGUGUUGGAGAAGUUUUAUUGUAAUGAAAAUUAAGUAUGUUGUAGGACUUUCAAUCCUCAAAAGGAAUUUUUUGUGUCGGUGAAUAAGAUAUUCAAUGUUAAAUAUGGCGUUAAUUGCGGAAAAGCUGUGAAUUAGAUAAUUAACGAUUUACCAAAUAGCUUUCAAUUAAAUAUAUUCGUUUAUUACGUUUAUUCAAACAUAAGAGUUUCUCAGGUCACUGAAUACUCAUCUGAUGUCAAAGUUAAUAAAUUCAAAAUAGAGGAGUUAAUACAACGGAUAUCAAAAGUGAAAGUUUGCCAAUUUUUAAUUUUGAUAUCCACUACUUUGAAUUUAAAAAAAGUAGAAAUUUGACAAUUGGUAAUUUUAAUAUCCGCCACUUCGAUUAGUAUUCAGCGCCCUGAAAAACUAUGGAAAAUGGUCAUUCUUGUACUUCUUUUGUUGAACAGUGUAAAUAACUCAUGAAUGAGUUAUGAAACGAGUCAAAAGAAAUGAACCUAAACUUUUAACUUUUUGAAAAUAAAAAUUCCGAGAAUAAUACUGUUUUAAAUUAAAUCAAUUGCAACUUUUAUUACAUCAAAUUAAUAAUAAUAAUAAUAUUGAUAUAAAUAAAAAGGCAUCGGUUGAUCUGAAAAGAGAAAUGCAUAGUGUUAAUUUAUAAAUGUAUUUGAGUCAAGAGAAGACGAUACCUACUCAGAGAAAGUUAUCUAGUUUAGUAAGAACUUUUUUCACGCGACAAAACAAAUUCCAUAACUUUUUAAGAAACGUAUUCGAUAUUUUUCGCAAACACGUUGUUAAUUUGAGAGUAUAUUUUUGAGCUUGCCGUAUAUACGUGGAGAUUUAAGAUAUAAUAAAAUGAAAUAAAUAUAUAUAUAUAUAUAUAUAUAUAUAUAUAUAUAUAUAUAUAUAUGUAUCUAUACAUGUAGCUAGCAUAGUAAUUUCACAUGACACUUGCGGCAAAAUAGAUUGCUGAAAGGAAAGCAUUUUAAUAAUAUUAAUUAAAUAUUUUAGGUUUUAUUGCGAUACACCUUUUUGAUGGGAGUGAUUUAGAUAACUCGAAUUGCACAUUCGAGCUAUAUUCUUUUGCGAGACUUGGUAUAGAAAAUAUUUUGUAAAUUGUUACUUAUUUAGAUACGUACCUUGUAUUACGUGGAAAACAAAAUAAAGAUUGUUAUCUACCUCUUA